AUGUUCAGUAGCACUUACUCUAACGCCAACACCAGCGACGAUGACGACUUUGUCGACGGUGACUCCGCAUGCAGCAGUGAAGAUGCGUGGCUCGGCGCUGCGGCUCUAGGGGAAUCAAGUCAGCGCAAGAAAGUCACGGAUUCGUCAAGGGGUCUCAACGCGUACCUCAGAAUGCGCGACUCUGUCAAGCUUCACAAUCGCAAGACUUCGAAGGUCAAUGACCCACUUCCGGCCAAAGGCGCUACACGCAAGAAAUCCCACACUCGCCGUGGUCGUACCUGGCCCGGAAAGACCAGGACCUUGAAGUCAGUCACGUCGAACAAAAUCCAUGCAGCGGUGUUCCCUAACAUGCGUGUGCCUGUCUACAUGCGCAAGCGACAAACCAAGAAAGGACAUUCUGGCUAUGCAGCCGUCAUUUCCAAAGCACGUCAUGAGGUUGUGCCUAUCAUGCACGUCCAAUGUCCUAUGCCCGGUGGCACUUCAGUCACGACGCAGACUGAUCCAGUUGAAAAGAUCACCUGGGGCCCAAUCUCCCGCAUUGAAGCCACUGGCCACGCGAAACACCUGGUCAAGGAACUGCGCAAGGCUGUCAAGGCUGCCAAGAAAGGCAAGGCCAGAGCGAAAGACAACAAGGACGGCGAGAGUGACACUGACGGAGAAGAGACAAGCAAACCUGCCAAGUCGCCUGAGAAGAACGGGUCGACAGGUGAGGUCAAGCAAGGAGAUAAGCCUGCGAUCGAAGGUGAACUCAGAGAGGAUGGUCUCACACCUGAGACUGCGUCCAUUGCCGGCACUGAUAUUACCAACAACAGCAUGGCUUUUCCUGCUCGUCGUGGUUUCAGAGCCCCACCAGCCACACCCGGCGAAGAUGUCGUUUCCGGAUCUUCAUCAACUGCAGCUGCCCUAUCCAUGCCCACUCUCCCCAUCAUGCAUCACAUCGCAGAUACCAAGUUGGUUGAGCACUUUCGCCUGCAGCACGCCAAGGAUCCUGAGGCUUUCGAGGAAGAAACUUGGGCAAUCAAACAAGGGCUCAUUGAUGCGAAAGUCAAUCGAGGCGGAAUUCCCACCUUGCUGAGAGAAGAGUACACGGUCGAGUUGGCAAGCCGCGAAGGUGCAGAGAUUGCCGAGAAAUGGGCGAAAGGCCAGGCGAAGAGCUGGGAGCAUCCCAGUCUGCGGAGCCGUGGCAACAGUCUCAAGAGCCAGCCCAGCUCUGGCAGCCUGAAGGCGCGCGGCGGUGGCGGCGAUGUCGAAGGCACUGGACUCAACCCUGGCGCUGCGAAGAAAGAAAAUCGUGAUUGGCGGUUCGUCGUCAUCAAUCGCGCACCGGACCCUUCUCCAGCUUCAAGUUUGCCCGAAACAGAACACGACAUGGCAGGUCCGACAUCAGGACUCCCCGUUCUAGAGCAUGAAAAACCCACAGACAAGCCCAGCACUGAACAGGGCGAGUCUUCGACAGUGAAGGACGACUCAAAGCCCAAGGCGACUAUGAAAGCAAUCAAGAAGGCAUUGUCGCGCCUCAACGUCGCUGACAACAUCUCCAAGAUCACGACUUAUGGUACUGUCCGUCACCAAUCCUUUGUCAAGCGCGAAGUCAGCGACCACGGCGAGAAGCGCACCGUGAAGACAUGGAUUGAGGUCACCGAAGUGUAUGAGGUGCCCAAUCCCCAGAAACUGACUGUCAAGGACAUUGCUGCAGCGGUUGAACAAGAAGACCGAGACAUGCACAAGAGUAAGGGCGAAUCGGAGCGUGAUGACAGCGACGAUGACGAGAGUGAAAGCGAUGACGACCUUGGCGAGAAAGAGAUCGCGAGCCUGAAGCAGACAAAGAAAGGCAAGGCGAAGAGUUCAAGCGACGAAUCAUCAGGCCAUUCCUCGGAUGCCUCCUCUUCUUCCGAUAGCUCCGAGUCCGAGUCCGGGUCCGAUAGUGCGUCUGACCAUGAUUCUGGCCAUGGUGCAGGCGACCAUGUCUACCACGAUCCCAACGAGACCGGUGCCGCAUCUGUCUUCCGCUCUCUUCAGUGCCUUGGAGAAGAUCUCGACGCCGGGAAUCUUUCGCGCAUCUCCAAUGACUUCGGUGCAUUGAUUGCUGGAUUGCAAGGCGAGGGAAGUUUCAACGUUACUGUGGAUGGUGCAGGGUUGACCGCGUGGUGA